AUGACGUCCAUGCUGAGGGGCCGCGGCGAGAGCCCACCAAGCGUCGAAGAUGCCCCGCCAAUCGACGAGGCGCCCGCAGAUUCCUGCGACGAGGAGGCGGCCGAGGAUUGGUACAGCAGCUGCGGCAGCCGGUGCUCUCAGGGCUACCCGGUUGCAAUGGAGCACGUGUCCGUGCCCAUGGGGGAGAUUUCCGUCAACGCCUGGCGCAGGUCUGUUCCUCGGGAGGUGGCUGACUGGGACGACCAGCCCCCCUGGUCGGACAACAAGCCCUCCAUCACAUGCACCGAGGAUUCCUACUUCUCCGAAAUGCACAGCACCUUCAGCUCCGUGCCUCCCCUGGUCGAGUACGACAAGGGCUUCGUCACGGACUUCGGCCAUUUCUGGAAGUCCCCACGCUCCAUCAACGACUCCAUGUUCGAGGCGCGGUACCAGUGGGAGCGCGACACAGCGGGGCACAACUCGGAGAAAGACCUGGACUUCCCGGACGAGGAGAGUCGGGCGACGAGUCCAGAGGUGGAGGCGCCGGGGGAAGCAGGAGGGAGGGUGAGCAGAGCCGCCACGCCUGAUCCUUGCGACGCGGCGAGCGAGGGGAGGGGGCCGAGGCCUGGGCCUGACAAGAGGCGCACGAAAGGCAACCCCCUGAGGCUGUUCGUGUCGCUGUUCACCAAAUGCUGGAGGCCGGCCGUGCCCAAUCUGGGCCAGGCUGCCGUGGCGGCGGCGGCGGCUCAGAGCGACGACUACUUCAGCGAAGGAGCGGAGGGGGAUGAGCGGCACCGGGACGUUCAGGCCACCAUUGAUUCCAUGGGCACUUUGGGAUCCAUGAAGGCGGACCUCCAUGAGAAAUUCGAGGAGGGGUUCCGGCUGCGCCAGAUGUCCGCAACGCAGAAGAAGGACAGCGGCGACGUGCUGGCGGACGACCCCCCCGUGUCGCAGUCCCGAAGCUGCAGUCCCGCCAGCGGCGCGGACCUCGCCUACGACGGCGACAUAUCCGAGGUCAGCUUCGCCGAGGCGCAGGCCGACUGCAUGGAGCGCAGCUGGGACGCGGGGGCGGCGGAGCAGGCCCGGAGCUGCGGAAGGCCGCCGCGGCGCUCGGGCUUUGGCAUCGAGGAGGACAGCGACGGCAGCGUGGGGGCGGACGAGAUCUUCGCGAGCUUCAGCGCGGUGGAGGCGCACGUGCACCAGCUGGAGAUGGUGGAUUUGGAGCUGAAGGACAUGGCCAGCGCGGUCGAAACCGUCGAGGACAACUUCAUUUUCGAUACUGUUACCACCGGGGACGCCGAAAUGGAGGACGUCCAUUGGCCUUGGAUGGAUGGGGCCGGGCGCGGGCGCUGCCAAUGGGGAAUUGUAGCCCAUUGA